CAUAUUCUUCAUUUCAUACAGGCCCUUUGCAGGAAGAAGAUGGGUGACAGCCAGCCCAAAAUGGAGGUGUGCCCUUAUUGUAAGAAGCCGUUUAAACGACUGAAAUCCCACUUGCCCUAUUGUAAGUUGAGGGGCCUGGCCUCACCUCGUGACCAGAAAGGCCAGCAGUUGAAGCCGGCCGAACUUGCACGUGGCACAAAAGUGAAAGAGCCUAUCCGAGAUAGAAUGAAAGCUCAAAGGGGACAAUCAGAGAGGGAGAAAAAAAGUACAAAGUUACUAAGGGACAAGCCAGUCCAGACGAGUGAGACCUCUCCUAUACUAGCUGUUGGCUCAGAAGGAGCUGGUAGUACCAACACGCCAGACAAAGACAGCAAGAAUCAAGUCCAGCUCUCAGCCAAAAUGCUAAAUACCGAACCCGAGACGAGUCGCCACGGAGAAACAAACUCUCGGCUUUAUGCCCCCGAGAGCACCUCUGCUGAAAAGGAACUUAGCAGAAACGUAUGUCCAUCAGACAACAGUAGCUGCAGUCAUCCCGGAACUGCAGCCUCUCUCGUGAUCGGCUCCCUGGAGCCUUCACUGUCAACUCAAGGGGGGAUGUACCCCUCAGCCCCACCUCACGAUGUGCAUACUGCUUCUAGUGACCUAAAACUGGACACAGCUGACCCCCAAAGACAGGGGCUUCUGGCCACACUAUUAGAUGUGCCCCCUGGUGAUUAUCACAGCUCACCAAGGAAUCUCAGUGAUGGGGCUGAGGGACCAAAAAUAUCCGUGUCAGGCAACGCAAGAGAUGCCCUGGGAAGGGCUGGCCCCUCGGGAGUCUCUGCUGGUGUUAGAGACACCGAGGCUGGGCACAAGGACACAGAGUCCCUCGUUUCAGGCGUUACAGUUAACCCGUUGGGGCCAGCCCACGGGAAACGGCAUGAAGGAAAAGGACUUCACCUUGAAGGAGAGGCAGGUGGGAGCAAAGGAAAUGCCGAGAAAAGCGUUCCAGCCAGAGAAAUUCCAGAGCCAACUUCCGCUAGCCUAGGUUCCAGAGGUUUCCAGACUGCUGAUUCUGCCACAGAGAAGACAUCUCGAGACGAAGGCCUACGCUCACAUGUAUUCACACCCAGGGAGAGAGCCUACAAUGAGUUUCUCUCUGUCCUCCAGGCAAGUAAUCACAACCUCACAUCUGUGGCCAUCAAACUGCUUCAAGAAGAGAAAGCGGAAGAAGCUCGUCAUCAAGUCCCGGAUGUAAGAGCAUCAGUGGAGAGCAUGGAACACACCUCUCUGGACCCCACAUCUGGCCAACGCACUGCGUGCCAGCAGUUCUUAGAGCCAGCCCAGCAUCAUGUUCGUAACAGCCCCUUCUUCAGUCGUGUGGACACUGGGGCGAGAAAGACACUUUCCGGCUCUGUGGGGCUGGAGUGGUUUCCAGAACUCUACCCUGCCUACCUUGGACUGAGGGUCUUGCCAGAGAAGCCUCUGUAUUGGGGUGCGUUGAUCCAGAAGCCUCAGCUCCCGAGCCCCCAGGGGGCCGGCCACUCACCAGUUCCUUGGUUGGAAAGAAGUUCGACUGCUCUAAGGAGUGUGGAGCCCCCAAGCCGACUCCCAGCCUCCGGCUUGUCGCUGAAGAGGCUCUUGGAAGCUGCACAGAAAGGCUGGAUCAGGUACAACAGCAGCAUGAGGCAGCGCGGCGUUGGCGGCGUCACGAUGCUCUUCACAGGGUACUUCAUCCUUUGCUGUCGCUGGAGUGUCAGGCAUCUGAGCUGCAUCCGGAAGACUAGAGGUCUCUGCCUGCUGCGGAAGCCCUUACCACAAAGGAGGGAAGAGAAGAAAUCCUUCCCAGGAUCCUCCAGGCACAACAGCCUUCUGCAUUUUGUCUCUUAAAUAAGCGUCCUGCUCCACACCAUCCGCCCUGGUGAAGGCUUCCGUAAGUAAUCCGCAGUGUCUUAGAAGUGGGGCGGGGGCCGUCUAGCCUGGUGGUUGAUGCCUGCGCCACGUAUUCGAGGGCCUGGAUUCAGUUCCCAGGCCUGCCUCCAAGUGGCAGGGCUAAUUCCUGCUGAUUCAGACCGUGGGAAGGAGAAGCUAGGGUUCAGGUACCGUAACCCUAACCCUGGAGAACUGGAUCAGGUGCCCAGCUACAGGCUAGCCCAGCACCGGCCACUGGGGAGUGAACCAGCACAUGGGAGCGCUCUCUCAAUUAUUAUUUGAAUCAUCAUCAAGCUGUUUUUAUACUUUAUGCA